GUAAAAGAAAGAGAUGUCUAGGGACAGUUGGGAGAGGUUAGUCACGGCGGUGGUGCGGCGGCAGCAGAUUUGGGAACUGUGCCAUGCCGAUUCUAGGUCUCCAAGCAUCAGCUCCAUUUCAUCCGAUGAUGAAGAUGAUUGUAAUCCGCUGUCUGUCUCUCAAGGCACAAGUAGCAGGCGCUUGUCUUUCGAAUCGCCGGAUUUAAAGAGAUUCGUAUUGAACGACCUCAGAGAAGCUACUAGAAACUUCCGCCCGGAGAGCGUGUUGGGCGAAGGUGGCUUCGGCUGCGUCUUCAAAGGGUGGAUCGACGAACGUACAUUUAAAGCUACUAAACCGGGGACCGGAGCAGUUAUUGCUAUAAAAAGAUUGAACCAAAAAGUUCCCGAAAGUCACAGUGAAUGGUUGACACGGAUCAAUUUUCUGGGACAGCUAUACCAUCCGAAUCUGGUGAAGCUGAUUGGUUAUUGCCUAGAGGAUGACCGUAGGUUUUUGGUUUACGAGUUCAUGUCACGAGGAAGCUUGGACGACCAUCUAUACAGGAGGAUGGUCCAUCUCCAGCCGUUGCCUUGGAACCUACGUAUGAAGAUCGCGCUUGGUGCAGCUAAGGGACUCGCAUAUCUGCACAGCGCAGAAACCAAAGUCGUUUAUCGGGAUUUCGAAUCCUCCAACAUCUUGCUUGACGGAAACUACAAUGCGAAGCUGUCUGAUUUUGGAUUGGCUACAAGAGCUAUGGGUAGUUUUGGCUAUGCUGCUCCCGAGUAUAUGGGCAUAGGCCAUGUCACAUCAAGAAGCGACGUGUACAGUUUCGGGGUUGUGCUUCUCCAGAUAUUGACGGGCCGAAGGGUGCUGGAUAAGAACCUUCCGCAGGGGGAACAUAAGCUUGUAGAAUGGGCCGGGCCUUUCUUGGCGAGCAAGCGUAAAUUACUUCGAGUAAUUGAUCCCCGUAUACAAGGUCAAUACUCGUCUAUGGCAGCAGUCGAAGCAGCAACUCUUGCUUCAAAGUGCUUAGCUUUAGAGCCCAAGUACAGGCCCACUAUGCCUGAAGUUGUUAAAGCAUUAGAGCAACUUCAAGAAACGAGCAUUCUUACGUAGGAAACUUGCGCAGAAACGGUGUUGCUUAUCCGAGGCCUCCUCCUUCGCCUGUUAAUGUAUUUAUAACUUUAAGAGUCCACACUUUUAGAACCUGUGUGUGUGCAGUGACUCUUUGGCUUUCUAGCAACUCCAGUGAUGAGUUUUGGUUGCUAAUUUAGAGGAACAGAAAUAAAUGGAAAUAUUGCCAAAUAUUGCCUGAGGCAUCCAAUCUUCACGGGCCUUAUUUAAUUUAUAGCUUCAGCUGGGCCACUUGGGCUAAUGACCCAAUGGGUCAAAUUUAGAAUAAUCAAUAAGUCAAUAACAAUUGGGAGUAGUACUAGUGUACUAGGGUUGUACAUGGGUCGGGUAAGGCAGUUAUCGGCCAAUUACCCGACCAGUCGAUUUUGCUGAAUAUUAAAAAGUAAAAACCAUUGCCAACCAAUAUUACGGGUCGGAUAAUGGUUGGCAACCGAUUUUGU